GUUGAACAGGAGGGUGUCACGGUGAAGGGCAGCUCCCACUUCAACCCAGACCCUGACACUGAGACCCUCUACAAAGCCAUGAAGGGGAUUGCUCCUCAGGAUCUCACCGAGUCACUGAAGUCAGAGCUGAGUGGCAAGUUUGAGAGACUCAUUGUGGCCCUCAUGUGCCCACCCUACAAGUAUGAGGCAAAGGAGCUGCACAAUGCCAUGAAGGGCUUAGGGACCAAAGAAGGGGUCAUCAUUGAGAUCCUGGCCUCUCGGACCAAACACCAGCUGCAAGAGAUAAUGAAGGCCUACGAGGAGGAUUAUGGGUCCUCCCUAGAGGAAGACAUCCAAGGAGACACAAGUGGCUACCUGGAGCGGAUCCUUGUGUGCCUGCUGCAGGGCAGCAGGGAUGACAUGAGCGGCUAUGUGGACCCAGGACUGGCUCUGCAAGAUGCACAGGAUCUGUAUGCAGCAGGUGAGAAGAUCAGCGGGACUGAUGAGAUGAAAUUCAUCACCAUCCUGUGCACGCGCAGUGCCACUCACCUGAUGAAAGUGUUCGAAGAGUAUGAGAACAUCGCCAACAAGAGCAUCGAGGACAGCUUCAAGAAUGAGACCCACAGCUCCCUGGAGGAAGCCAUGCUCACCAUUGGUAAGAGGGGGUGCAGCCCUUGGGCACAUGUGUGUCCACAGGGCCAGGUCACCCUGGAGUCUGUUCUCCUACAAGGACUGUUCCCUGUGCUGCCCACAUGUGCCCAGUGCCAUGUGAGUGGAUAUGUGUGAGUGUGAGCACGUGUU